AUGGAGAAAGCGAUCAACAGACAGAAGAUUUUGCUUCAUCAUCUCAACCCUUCAUCAUUCACCCACGCAAACGAAUCAUCCUCCCUCUCUGCUUCAGCAUGUGCGGCAGGGGAUAGUGCUGCUUAUCAUAGGACAUCUACAUUUGCUGACGAUGUUGUAAUCGUGGCUGCUUAUCGGACUGCUCUUUGCAAAUCUAAGCGUGGUGGUUUCAAAGACACUCAUGCUGAUGAUCUACUUGCUCCUGUCUUGAAGGCUGUAAUUGAGAGAACCAAUGUCAACCCAAGUGAAGUUGGGGAUAUUGUUGUGGGCACAGUAUUGGCUCCUGGAUCUCAAAGAGCUAGUGAAUGCCGUAUGGCUGCAUUUUAUGCUGGUUUUCCUGAAACUGUGGCUGUUAGGACUGUUAAUAGACAAUGUUCAUCUGGGCUCCAGGCUGUAGCCGAUGUAGCUGCUGCUAUAAGGGCUGGGUUCUAUGACAUUGGUAUUGGUGCUGGAUUGGAAUCUAUGACAGCGAAUCCAAUGGCAUGGGAAGGAUCAGUGAAUCCUAAAGUAAAAAUGUUUGAACAAGCACAAAACUGCCUUCUUCCAAUGGGGAUUACCUCUGAAAAUGUUGCACAUCGCUUUGGUGUUUCAAGGAACGAACAAGAUCUGGCUGCAGUUGAGUCUCACAGGCGAGCUGCUGCAGCUACUGCUUCUGGUAGAUUUAAAGAUGAAAUUAUCCCAGUUUCCACCAAGAUUGUGGACCCAAAAACUGGUGAGGAGAAAUCUGUCACCAUUUCUGUUGAUGAUGGAAUUCGACCUGGAGCAACAUUGUCUGAUCUAGCAAGGCUCAAACCUGUGUUCAAGAAAGACGGAACCACUACUGCUGGUAAUUCUAGCCAGGUGAGUGAUGGUGCUGCAGCUGUUCUACUCAUGAAAAGAAGUGUUGCUGUGCACAAGGGGCUACCCAUUCUUGGUGUAUUCAGGACUUUCACAGCAGUUGGUGUUGAUCCUGCCAUUAUGGGUGUGGGCCCUGCUGCUGCAAUUCCUGUUGCUGUUAAGGCUGCUGGUCUAGAGCUUGAUGAUAUUGAUCUUUUUGAAAUAAAUGAGGCAUUUGCUUCCCAGUUCGUAUAUUGCCGUAACAAGCUAGGGCUUGAUCCAGAAAAGAUCAAUGUUAAUGGAGGAGCAAUGGCAAUUGGGCAUCCUCUGGGUGCAACAGGCGCUCGAUGUGUCGCAACGUUGUUGCAUGAAAUGAGGAAACGUGGCAGGGACUGCCGAUUUGGAGUUAUAUCCAUGUGCAUAGGUACUGGAAUGGGGGCCGCUGCUGUUUUUGAGCGAGGUGAUUGUGCUGAUGAGCUAUGCAAUGCUCGGAAAGUGGAUGACCUUCUUUUGUCCAAGGAUGCUCGCUAG